AGCAGAGGAUACACUGGAAUGGUGAUCAGCACGGUGUGUCGUUUGAUGGGUUCCGAAUUUGGAGCUUCAGGCAUGUAAAUUAGCUGGCCCCGGCCUAGCAGUCUGUCCCUUGAGUCAGCAUCAACGAACAACCACGGGUGGGUCACGAAGGUGUUGACCCGGAAGGGUCGACGUGGCUGCAGGGUCUUGUACACUAUCGGCUGCCCAGAGAAGUUGAGCCACACUAUGUCCACAUUUCUGGUCGUUCCGUUUAUGAAGGUUGGGUAGGCAGGUUGCAGAGACUCUAUGGAUCGCAGCUCCGUGGCAGGCAUUUUUGUCACAUUUUAUUCUUCUGAAAUUUUUUGGAAAAAUAUUAUAAUCGGUGAAGCAUUGAAGAACAAAUGGGGGUGUGAAUUCAAGGUAAAAAGUGAAGGUUAAUCAUUCUGAAGCUAUACACAUUACGGAAUUAAAAUUAGCAGUUUGGAUUACAUAGCAGUGACGGAAACUUUUGAAUCAAAUGAUAUUUUUCUUAGAUCUCUGCUAUUUAAGAAUAGUUUAAUUAAAUUCAGCGUAGAGGAAUUAAAACUGACAAAUUUGUAGGACAAAAACAAAGCUCGAAUUCGGGCAUUUUUGGGACGUCAUACGCACUAAGCGUAUCUUUAAACCUCACAACUUACCAUUCGUUUUAUUCUAAAGCUAUAUCCGAGCUUAAUACUUCCUAUUAAUCAACUCUAUUCAAUGGAAUAACAUCGUGAAAAUCUCAUGAAUUUUUUUGCCAAUACGACAGACAUCCAGAUAAUUUCAAAGUCGUUGUUCUUCUGUUUAUUCUGUUAUUUUUAUUUUGUUGAAAGGAGAUAUCAGAGAGGAAUGACUUCGGAGCUGCUAAUAUGACAUUUUUAAGUGUUAUAACCAACUUCAAUAAAGUUAUACGCGUAAAAGUUACAAUUUAAGAAUGUUUUAAGUAAUUUAUUCACGAUAUUUGCAUUAAUUCUACUAUUUAUCUAAAUUAUGUGAAUAAAAUAUUUAACUCCUUUACUUACAAGCGUGUCUUUCUUUGCUUUUUGAUAUUUGGUAGCUCUAGCGGUCUCUUCCCAAACUUCCACGGUAAUGUAUUUUCAUGUGGCGGUAAAACAAGUCUGAACCAGUCACGACACGCACAACCGCACGCUUGGCCCUUGGCUUGACAAUAUGAAUAUCGACCUACUGACGAGGCUUCGGAGGACCUUUUCCAGGACCAGGAGGUCUCAUAAUCAGACCGACAUGGAACCUACAAGACCAGCGAGAUCAAACAAGUCUUCUCGAUCCAAAAGUGCUGGCGCUCUGGUGCAUCAACAUCAACAGGAAGAUUUAGCUGACGAGGACAUUCCUGAGGUGCACAGGCCUCAGAAAAGAAAUGGACCAAACACUGCUGAGUCCCUUCUCUUGGAUCGCGAGCUCUUGGAGAAUCUUGUUUGGAGGCUGAAUGUCGAGUUGGGUCGCUACGAGACAAGACUGCGAGCCAUCGAAGGACAGGGUGAUGUACCUGAUGGUGAGAGAAUUGCCCCUGCUUGGUGUCGCGCUGACCCAACCACACUUGGCCCACUUAUGACUGCGUACGAUGAAGCUCUCUCUGAGAAAGAUGCCGUCAUUGAAAAGUACGAACUCAGGUUGAAGGAAUUGGGAGCUGAACUCAGGGAGGUUGUUUACGAAAAUGAACAACUCCACGAAGCUCUUGAAGAAGUGCGAAAUGAGAGUGCCAUGGAGAGAAAUGAGAGAGAACUUGCUUCCAAAGAUGUUGAAAGUCUUCACAGUGAGAAUGUUGCAUUGCUCGGACGCCUGGAGGAUUACAAAACUAGAGUUGAAGAUCUGGAGGAACAGUUGAUCAAACAAAGACAUCGUGACAUGAAAAAGGAUGAUGAAUUUUCUCAACAGCAGGCUCAAAUGAAAGCACUUGCAAGGGACUACAGACUUCUGCAAGAGCAGUUGGAUGAGGCCAUGAAAGAGGUAGAGAGCAGGGUACCCCAGCAACACCAUCAGUCUUCAAUCAACGAGUGCAAAACGCUUUUGGAAGAGCUUCGUUCCAAUUACGACAAGGAUCGUAAACUGCUUGAGGAACGAGUUGCCAUGAUGACCAAGGAGAAAGUAGAGGCUGAGGCCAGAGCCAGACUGGCUCAUUCUGAAGCAAACCACAGCGAUGCCAAAGCCAAGGCUCUAGAGAAACUGCUGAGGAGAGCGGAAGGUCGCAGUGAGCGGCUGCAAACUAAACUGGUGGAUGCAGAGAGUUGCAGAGACUCGUCGGUUCGAGAGCUGAAGCAGUUGAUGGCUGUCGCCGAGAAGCUCACCAUUGACCAAGAAAAUCUCAUAAAAUUAGUGUCCGCCAAAAGGUACUGCUGUGAAGAUUCACCUGUUGCAACUCACAAAGGCAAACUGAAUCAAAAUAAAAAUAAAAAGUAAUUGUUACAUUAAUA